AUGUCCAGGCAAGACCUGAGUCUCGCGGCCAAGCUCAUCAAUGGAGGAGUGGCGGGGCUCGUGGGCGUCACGUGUGUGUUCCCCAUCGACUUGGCCAAGACCCGCCUGCAGAACCAACACGGGAAGGAUUCAUACAAGGGAAUGAUCGACUGCCUGGUGAAGACCGUGCGGGCCGAGGGCCUCCUGGGCAUGUACCGAGGCGCUGCGGUCAACCUCAGCUUGGUCACCCCGGAGAAGGCCAUCAAGCUGGCAGCCAACGACUUCCUCCGGCAGCGGCUCCUGGGAGAUGGGACGCAGCAGAACCUCAAGCUGGAGAUGCUGGCCGGAUGUGGAGCAGGGCUGUGCCAGGUGGUGGUCACGUGUCCCAUGGAAAUGCUCAAGAUCCAGCUGCAGGACGCAGGCCGCUUGGCUGGGCAUCAGGAGACGCCAGCCUCUUCCGGGUGCUAUGCCCCUGGCUCAGCGACCGCCCACGAGUGCCCGUCUGCCACUCGCAUUGCCAGGGAACUGCUUCGCACCGAGGGCCUGGCUGGCCUGUACAGGGGACUGGGGGCCACUCUCCUCAGGGAUGUCCCUUUCUCCAUCAUCUACUUCCCGCUGUUUGCCAAGCUGAACAGCCUUGGCUUCAACGAGCUUGCCGGGAAGGCUUCCUUUGCCCACUCCUUUGUGUCAGGCUGUGUGGCAGGUUCCGUAGCAGCCGUGACAGUCACCCCACUGGACGUUCUGAAAACACGCAUCCAGACGCUCAAGAAAGGCCAGGGUGAGGCCGUCUACAGCGGGGUCACUGACUGCGCCAGGAAGCUCUGGACCCAGGAGGGACCGUCCGCCUUCCUGAAGGGAGCAGGCUGCCGGGCACUCGUCAUCGCGCCACUCUUUGGGAUCGCCCAAGGUGUCUACUUCGUGGGAAUCGGAGAGCGCGUGUUAAAGGGCUUUGAGUGA